AUGGCCGCGCCCCUGCCCCGGCCCGCGUCCCUGCAGGACCUCGGCGAGGACAUCCAGCACAUGAUCCUCCGGCGCAUCCCGUGCGGCAUCGACCGCGGCUGCAUGUCCCUGGUGUGCCGCGCGUGGCGCGACGUGAUGCGCGACCAGCGGAGACGGCUCGGGCACCUGCUCCCGCGGCUGCCGGCGCUCCCGCGGCUCCUCCUCCCCGCGCCCUUCUCCGUCCGCUGCCUCGCCAGCGGCUCCCGCGUCUGCUGCGUCCUCAGCGCCUGCUGCGUCCACCAGGACCACCACUACCUCGCCGUCACCCCGCCCGGGUCGCGCUGCUUCGGCUCCCACGACGACGGCUGGCUCUUCAUCGAGACCCACCGCCCGCGCUCCCACAAGGCCAUCCACGUCCGCACCGGCGUCGUCCGCGUCUUCCCGCGGGAGCUCGAGCGCCGGACCGACCCGUACCCGUACGUCCACAGGAUGGUCAUCCACGCCGCCGCGCUCUCGGUCACCUGGCCCCACGAACCGAACUACGUCGGCGCCGCCAUCGUCACAUCCUGGCAGCACCCACCCCUAGGCGGCGCGCUCGCCGUGCCGCCAUACCGUCGCUGCAUCGCGCUCUGGCGCAGGGGCUGGCGCCGCGCCUUCGAUCCCGUGCCCCUUGACCACUACGACGCCGCCUUGGAUGCUGAGGACGUCCUCUACGACCGUGGGGGAAGAUGCUUCUUCUUCCUCACCCAGGGCGAGCACAUCCGCGUGUGCAUGCCUGUCCGGCUUCGAGAUAACAAGCUGAUUACACACUGGGAGACGGUCCUCUUCUGUCCCGGUGGGCGCGUCUACGACCAGUACGUCCGCGCUCGCUACCUCGUCGUGUCCCGCAUGGAUCUGCUCAUGGUCGUCCGGUUCACGCCUCAGCCUAACCAGCCGACGUCCAAGUUCAAGGUGUUCCGGGUGGCUAAACGGAACAACAUGCCCGACGCCUACGCCGACGCCUUCCCCGUGGCUCAGUACCCCUUUGCAUGGAGCGAGCUGCACGCGCUGGAUGGUCGGGUGCUGUUCGUCGGCCAUGGUUGCUCCAGAUCCUACGAGGCGAGACGGUACCCGCCGGACUUCAAGGACGGCAUCUACUUCCUGGAUGAUGGAGAGUUCUACGACGCGGCAGUGAUCUUCGGCAUCGGCAACGGAAACCAGAGGCGCUACCCCUGCAGCGACAACGGGAAGUGGUCAAAUGGCCAUGUCCAGCGCUGCUUCCCGAGGCCAGACCCGUCGGACCACUCUGCUCCAGUUUGGAUUCUCCCUUGA